GAGGCGGCGGCGCUGGGCAGGGUCCGGGCGAAGGCAGGAGCGCGGCUCAGCGCUCCGGUGGGGCCGAGCCGAGCCGAGCCGAGCCGAGCCGAUCCGCGGGGACCAUGCCGUCCUACACCGUCACGGUGGCCACGGGCAGCCAGUGGUUCGCGGGCACCGACGACUACGUGUACCUGACCCUGCAGGGCACGGACGGCUGCAGCGAGAGGCACCUCCUGGACAAGCCCUUCUACAACGACUUCGAGCGCGGCGCGGUUGACUCCUAUGAUGUGACUGUGGAAGAAGACCUUGGAGAAAUUCAGCUAAUAAAAAUUGAGAAACGAAAAUACUGGUACCAGGAUGACUGGUACCUUAAGUAUAUCACUGUUAAAACACCAGUGGGUGACUAUUUGGAGUUCCCAUGUUACCGCUGGAUUACAGAUGAAAAGGAGGUUGUCCUUCGAGAUGGAAGAGCAAAGCUCCCCCGAGAUGACAAGACUCAGAUUCUCAAGCAGCACAGACGCAAAGAGCUCGAAUCCCGUCAGAAAAUGUACCGCUGGAAGGAGUGGCAUCCAGGCUUUCCCCUGAGCAUCGAUGCCCAUUCUCACAGUGAACUGCCUCGUGACAUCCAGUUUGACAAUGAGAAGGGAAUUGACUUCAUUCUGAACUACACAAAAGCGAUGGAAAAUCUUUAUGUUAACCGUUUCAUGCACAUGUUCCAGUCCUCCUGGAGUGAUUUUGCAGAUUUUGAGAGGAUCUUUGUCAGAAUCAGCAACACAAUCUCUGAAUAUGUGAUGCAACACUGGAGGGAAGAUUUUAUGUUUGGCUACCAGUUCCUGAAUGGAUGCAAUCCUGUGCUGAUCCGGAGAUGCACAGAGAUACCCAAGAAGCUGCCUGUGACCAUGGAUAUGGUAGAAUGCAGUCUGGAGAGGAACCUGACACUGGAGGAGGAAGUGAAGCAAGGAAACAUUUUCAUUGUGGACUAUGAGCUGCUUGAUGGUGUGGAUGCCAAUAAAACAGACCCAUGCACAAUACAGUACUUGGCUGCACCCAUCUGUCUGCUGUAUAAGAAUCUGGAGAAAAAAAUUGUACCCAUUGCAAUCCAGCUUGGUCAAAAGCCUGGACCAGACAAUCCCAUCUUCCUUCCUUCAGAUGCCACAUAUGACUGGCUGCUAGCUAAAAUUUGGGUCCGCUCAUCUGAUUUCCACAUCCACCAGACAGUGACCCACCUCUUACGGACACACUUAGUCUCAGAGGUGUUCAGCAUAGCUAUGUUCCGGCAGCUGCCUGCUGUACAUCCCCUCUUCAAGCUCUUGGUGCCACAUAUGCGGUUCACAAUAGCCAUCAAUACCAAAGCCCGAGAACAGCUUAUCUGUGAAUGUGGCCUUUUUGACAAGGCAAAUGCUACGGGGGGAGGAGGACACGUACAAAUGGUGCAGAAAGCAAUGAAGGAUCUGACUUAUAGUUCCCUCUGCUUCCCUGAGGAUAUCAAAGCUAAAGGAAUGGACAGCAAAGAGGAUAUCCCCUACUACUAUUACCGGGAUGAUGGCAUUAAGGUCUGGGAGGCUAUAAAGAGUUUUGCAGAGGAUGUAAUUCACAUCUACUAUGAGAGUGACGAGGUGGUGUGUGAGGAUGUGGAGCUGCAGGCCUUUGUCAAAGACAUCUAUGUCUAUGGAAUGAGGGGUGUGAAAGCCUCAGGGUUCCCUAAGGUGAUCAGGACACGAGAGACACUAGCAGAAUAUCUCACAGUGAUCAUGUUCACUACAUCGGCUCAACAUGCAGCUGUGAAUUUUGGUCAGUAUGACUGGUGCUCCUGGAUUCCCAAUGCCCCACCAACAAUGCGCUGCCCUCCUCCAACAGAAAAGGGCACAGUCACCAUCGAGCAAAUUGUGGAGAGUCUGCCCGACAGGGGACGAUCUUGUUGGCAUCUUGGAGCUGUCUGGGCCUUGAGCCAAUUCCAGGACAAAGAACUGUUUCUGGGCAUGUACCCAGAUGAACACUUCGUUGAGAAGCCAGUGAAAGAGGCUAUGGCAAAAUUCCGCAAGAAUUUGGAUGAGAUUGUCAACACCAUCACUGAGCGCAACAAGAACAAGAAGCUUCCUUACUACUACCUUUCCCCAGAUCGUAUUCCCAACAGUGUUGCUGUUUGAGCACAUAGCCAGGAGAGUUUGAAGGCCUGUAAAGCUGAUGGUGUUUUUCUGUUAUAUGCUUCUUCAAUUAGUUUUUCAGAAAUGGAUAAAAAACCCACCUUCUCCAUCAGAGCUUGCUUAAGUCUAUUUGAACUUUCAAAAUAAAUUUGACUGCGACAAAUCUUGCAAAAAAAAUCUAACUGAUAACCCUUUAGGUCAAAUUUGUUACAGAUUUAUUUUUCUAGGAUUUUAAAACUAAUCUUACGAUCAAUAGAUGUGUUAUCUUUCCCUUUCCUUGUCAAAACAAUGUAAUCACAGAUUCACUUACUCAAUGGAAAUAAUAUCACAAGCAAUAAGCAAGUCACAUUUUAAAAGCCUUCCUGUGCUUAAUAGGUGACAUUGGUGACAUUAAAAAAUAACAUGUAAAGC